GAGAAGUUAAACGCUCGGACACCCUGCACCCUCUCCUUUUUUUUGACUGAAGACUAAAGACUUUGCUACGACUUGAUCUAAAUCGACGCUUCAGAUGUGUGUAAAUGACACCGGUGUGCAGGUCUGUGAUCACGGGAUUAAAUGUUUUGUGCGCUGCUGCUGCUGCUCGCCCUGCAGCCUGCCACACUCCUGACUAAUGUGGUUUCCUAACACACGCCCGCAUUUCAGUGAGGCUGUCCGUCAACUUGCUAUAGUUUAGACUACAGGUCGACAUGAUGACUCGGAUUUUCUGGGAUGCAAUUUUUCUCAUAAGCGGUACUUUUAGUAUGUCUGUGGUACUCAAUGGUUCCCUCUUUACAUUUGGAGCAGGGCCGAGCAAUUCAACAAUUAUUGAAGCCAGCAUUUCCAUCGAUACAAAUUCCACCGCCAUUUCGAACAUCUCGACAAGUGGCUCUGUAACAACCAGCAGCAGAAACACAACUACCACAACCACCGUGACUACAACAACAGAUGCCCCUCCAGUUAAAGAUUCUCUCUUUACAUUAGAAACAGAGACGAGCGAUUCAACGAUGAAUGAAUCAAUAAUUUUCAUCGAAACAAACUUCACUGCAGCUUCAAAUACAUCGACAAGCAACUCUGCGUUAACGACCACAACUACUGCAACUUCUACAACUAACAUCCCUCCAGUUAAAAAGUUUGUGGCGGCAGCUGUUCGGUCUCAUUUUGAUGACUGUCCAGACUCCCAUCGCCAUUUCUGCUUCCAUGGCUCCUGUCGCUUCCUGAUAUUAGAGGAGACACCUGCAUGUGUGUGUCAUCCCGGCUUUGUUGGGAUGCGGUGUGAACAUGCAGAUCUACUCGCUGUCGUUGCAACGAAUCACAGACAACAGACAGUUGCCACGGUGCUGGUGUUGUGCGUGAUUGGGUGUGUUCUCAUCAUGGUGUUAUGUACACUGUUACACUGCUGGUGGAGGCAGGACUGUCGCCGACGGAGACUCGCGCAUCACUACGUCCUAGAGAAGCAUGGAGCGCCUUGCUAUCCUUCUGAGAGUGUGGUUUGAGAAGACAUCUUGCUGGAACAUGAGCUGUUUGCAUCACGCAACAUUUUCCAGUUUUCCUCAUCUUAUCUGGCCCAAAAAACCCUCAGGAUUGCAUUCAAAGUGGUAUUCACAAGUUCUGAUCAAGCAGACCUGGCCAGAGGCGAAGAAGCAUUAUCUUCAGUGUGUGGCUAAGGUAGGCCUGCUUGAUGUGGGAGGUUAAAUGUUCCAUGACAUUUUUUUUUUUUUUUUUUUUUUCCACUGACUGGAACUUUUGACCUGCAGCACCAUAGGAACGUGUUUUCUUCACUCUUUGACUCUGUGGAAAUACCCGCAGAACUACAACAGUCUGUUUGAAGCUCUGAGGAUGAAGCUGCUGCCAAAUCCUACAUGGAAAGAGCUCUGUGUGUCCUGAUUACUGUUUAUGGCUGGCCUAGAGGACAUGAGAAAUGAUCUACAAAGCCAUUAAUCAUCCAGUGUGGAUGUUGAAUAGGAACCGUGUUUAUUUUGGGCUGCAGGACAACAAUAAUUCAUUUACUUAAGUCAGAAGACCCCAAUUCCUAUUUUUGUCUUUUAAUAACUUGGCACACUUUUCAUCCGAACUCUAUAAGCACAGAGGACAUUUUUAAUAUAUGAUGGUGGGGGAAACUGAUGCUUUAAAAAAGUUUUGUUUUUAAAGAAUGAACUCACUUCACCUGACAGGAAUAGGAAUGAUGGAUUUACCUGACUGCUGAUGGAUUAAAAACAUGGAUUUCAAUCUUUUAUCAUACAUAAAUCUUGCAAUUUAAAAUUGUUCCAAUGUAGUUUUGAGAAAAAAAAUCAUGAAUUUGACUCCAGUAUUGCUACUGAAGCUGAAAUAUUUGUCAGUUUUAUUUUGUAUUCCUGAGCUGUACUUGAACACGUUCAUGGAUCAGGGGUUUUUGAUUUGCAAGCUAUAACUGUAACGACACAUGCACAACCGGGAGGCCACAUUAUUGAGUGGUCAUAUAGUAUUGUUGCACUUCGUGAUAAAAAACACUGCACUUCCUGUGUAAGGGAGUCACUUGGAAUAAGUGUCCAAAUGAAGAGAGAUGCCAAAUACACUCAAGGGAAGAGACACGUCCACCUAAGCAUGCACGCACUUAAAUCACGGCUUUUAUUUUUAAAGGACCAACAUGAAUCACUUUUAAUUUCAACAGUGGUGUGUUAUAGCAUUGCCUCUGCUUUGAAUUUAGAUCAUUUUAAAGAGAGAGAAAGCCUCUGAAGUUUAAUUUAAAACACAAUAUUUAAUAUUUGCUUUAAAAAAAAAGAAAAGGAAUAAUAAUUGUUAAAGGAAUACAAACUGACUCGGGUAUAAAGCGUGAAAAAAAUGUAAAAUGAAUGUGAUGGUAUUUAAAUGCCAAAAGACUCUGAGGGGAUGAUCCGCUUGUCUUUGUUUACACUAUGUGAUGAGAUCUACAUUCAGAAUGGGUGUUCAUGUCUGUCAUUACAGCAUUUUAUGUGUAUAUAUCGAAAACCGCUCAGAAACGCUCAAUGUGUACAUAUAUGAAAUGGGUGAUCUUCUCAUGCAUUAACCCCUUACUUUGUCUGAUUUACGUUGUCACGAUUGGAAAGCCUCCUAUUAUCUGUUUUCCAAUUAAAUGAAUUCAAAAAUG